AUGAAUAAUAAAAUUAUAAAAUUUGUUUUAGCAUUAAUUUUCCUCUUAAUUACGAUCAAAGAUUCAACCGCAAGGAGUAUUCCUCAAAGCAAUGUUAAUCCUUUACUUGAACGUGGAGAGAAAAAAUGUUAUGAUUACGUCUUUGCAACAUCAACAUUUUGCGAUGAUAAAUUUACCGGUGUUAUGAGUUUCGUUUACGACGAUGUUAGUUGCACUACUUCUGUCUAUGGCAUGUUUUCAAAAGGUUUCGUUGAUACAGAAAAAAAUUGUUAUGAUAUCGUUCUCAAUGAUCCUUCUGGAAAGACUGUUUAUACUUUGACAGGCGAUUUAGGUUUAGAUUUUGUAGAUGGUGGCACUAAACCGUUUUCCACAAUUAUUAGCUUCGACUUUUUUAAAUUUUUAUCAAUUGAUGGUAAACGAAAACGUCAAAAUGGUGCGUCUGUUGGUAUUAACACUAAUGGUCAACCUAGUGUAUCUGUACCGGCCCUUCCAGGAAAACCCUAG